AAGGUGCCGAGCAGUGUCAUCCAUGUCAAAGUUUAUAUGAAUAUUUCAAAGACUGGCUGAUGUCAGCAGCACUUGCAAAGAGCCUAUAAAGACAGUUUCUGUGGACAAAAGACAUCCAUCCUCCACACUCCAAAGAAGCGUUUGUCUACUGGAAAAGAGCUCCACCCGCUGAAGAGAAGGACUCCUCCUUUAUGUGUCUGAACACAAUGGUCAGUGUGCGGACUCUCCUCCUCGCGGUCACCUGCUGCUACGCCUACCUGUACCUCGUUCGCGCAGAGGACUCCUCACUGGAGACGCGCUCACUGGAUUUCACCCUGAAAACUCAACAAGAGAAAGACUUGAUUGACGCAUUGCAAGAAGUUCUGGAGAAGCUGAGGAGCAAAGAGAUGCCCUUGGAGAAAAAGCAUGGAUGGUUACCUUCGUGUGACGCAGGGGAGCCGUGCGCCGUGCGUAAAGGCGCGCGUAUUGGCACGCUGUGUAGCUGUCCACGGGGGACUACUUGUAACUUCUAUGUUCUGAAAUGUUUGUGAUGAGGAAAAAAAAGAUAACAGAAGUACAAGAAAUAACGAAAGAGUUCAGGGCUGAUAAAAAAAGAUGAAUGUGAGAAAUGACAGGAAGGUCUGCUUCUACUGUUCAAUACAUUUGUGAUAGAAAAUAAAAUGCUGUAGAAUGUGACUUUUUUUUGCCUUUAUAAACAUUGACUGUUAUGAAUAAAGGUUUUUGUGAGUCUGUUGUUUUAAUUUUUAUUUCUCUCGUCCGUGUUAAUUAUUGUGUCACAUUGUGUUAAUCAUUGCGGCAUCUUGUGGAAGACUUUUUUUGGUCAUAAUAUUUUAAUAUAUUUAUUUCUUUUCCCCUGAUUGUUGGAAAUACCGCACAGUUAGUUUAUAAAUAGAUU